GUUGGCUAGUCGCCGGUUUAGCGCCUCUGCCCGCCAUAUUUACAAUAUUAUACUAUCGGCCAUAGUAGUGCCGGCGCCAUUUUGAUAAAUUUAGAACGAGAGCGUCCUAUCGCUGUAAAAUAAAUAGAAUAAAAUUACAAAAUAAAUACAUUAAAGAAAAUGGGGAAGAAAGAUAAAAAAGGAGAAACGACUGAGGGUUCUAGUGAAGAAGAGUAUGUCGUGGAGAAAGUGCUCGAUAAACGAACUGUCAAGGGAAAGGUGCAAUACUUAUUGAAAUGGAAGGGGUACAAAGAAGAGGAAAGCACAUGGGAGCCGGAAGAGAACCUUGACUGUGAGGAACUGAUAAAAACAUUUGAGGAUAAUCGGAAGGAAAAAGAAAAAAAUAAGAAACCUGAAGAACGCACUAAGAAACGUACGCGCGAGUCGAGCGAGGAAACGAGCAGCCUGACACGAAAAGGGCGCGCCACCAGCGUGUCCUCUAUCGACGAGCACAAGGAGAAGAAGGAGAAGAAAGAUGACAAGUCAAAGUCUGGAUUUGAUAAAGGAUUGAAAGCAGAGAAGAUUAUAGGCGCAUCAGACGCGACUGGCGAGCUGAUGUUUUUAAUAAAAUGGGCAGACUCAGAUGAGGCUGAAUUGGUGCCGGCCAAAGUUGCAAAUGUCAAAUGCCCACAGCAGGUGAUUGCAUUUUACGAGGAAAGACUGACGUGGCACACGCCGGCGGAGACGGAGUGAUGGUGGACGUAGGUUAAGGUUUAAUUGAGGACUAUGACGCAAUAUGGUUGAGCAGCCAAUAGGCGCGCAUUGUGAAUACGCUAUUCCUCCCAGUUCUCUGGUACCUGUAUGUAUAUAUACACUACAAAUAGGAGUGCAUUACUAUGACAAAACGUAAAUUACAAGUUGCAACUUAUGUGUUAAUAAGCAAUAUUACCAUUCCGAAACGCUGAGAUAAUUGUUUUCUUAUAAUAAAGUACUCUAUUCUCACUAGUAAUAGGUUUUACUUUUAAUUAUGUCGGAAUAUUGUAAAUUUUGAUUAUGUUGAUAAAGGCUUGCGCAGGCCGAGGUAAGGCGGGCUCAGGAGAAUACUUGUCACUACAUCACAUAAUGUGCUGUAGGUACUGAAAGAUUCAUUCAGUAAUAAACAUGUUUUUUUAUAGGAAAAAAAGUAAUAUUAUGGGGCUCCAGACAUUGUAUGCAAAUACCUUUUUAUGCUGCUUUUCAGUCUCUUGAUAAAAACUGUAAUUUCAAUUAUUUGUGUUUUUAAAUAAUGUAAUUAUUUCACGAAAUGUUAAUUUGAAUAAUAAUUAUUGAGAAAACAAAACAGGUAUUUAUGGCAUCUAUAGAUGUCAACUGUAAUUAACAUUUUGUGAAGUAAACAAUGGAAGUAGAUUGCGUAAAAGCAAAUGUAAAUAUUUAUGUCGAUUUGUAUGGUGUCUCACUCAGGCAUAAACGAAUCUCCUUUGGAAAGUAUCCACAUCAU